UUUCUUUCUUGUAUUUGUUUAUUUUGGUUUUAUUUCAAUGGUUUAUGCUUAAUAAGCAGACAAAUUAAAGCGCCAUGAGUGCCUCUGACUUACUAUACUGUAGAUUUUGCGCUGAACAGAAACUUUCUGCGGAUAUAACCUAUUUAUUACACGAUUUGAACAUACAGCAAGAAAUCUACGAAAAACUUUCAUGUUUUCCUUCAAAUUCCAUUGAUUUCGGCCUAAAAAGUCUUCCAGAAACGAUAUGCAGCUUAUGUUACUUCUCUCUGAGCAGUUCGUAUGAGUUUUUCAGUAAAAUUAAGACAUCACAAGCGGUUUUAACUAAUUUGUUCUCGACGAGUUUUAAACAAGAAAUCGACGUGCAAAACAUCCCUAAACACCUCUCUGUGCCUUCAAAUACUGCUAUAAAGAUAGAAAAUACAAAGAAUGUUGAAAUAAACACCUCUUUCAUUGAUUACGGGAAUGAUUUCCAAACUUUAGAUGAAGAAAUCGAACAUGAUUCAAAAUCUAAUUUUGUGACCCUUUCUGGAGUAUCUUGGAGUGAUUAUAACUGUAUUUGUAAAUAUUGUAACAUGACUUUUUUAAAUAUAGACACUUUAAGAGCGCAUUGUAAGGAGAAUCAUGCAUUUUGUAAUGGUUUCAAAUGCACAGAUUGUGAAUUGGACUUGGAUGAUUUUACCUGUUUUAUUAGACAUGCAAGGGAACACAGAGACAGCCUUAAGUAUUACUGUGAAUACUGCAACAUCAAGUUAGAAAACAACAAGCAUACAGACACACAUACAUCCAAUCCGUAUUGUCAGCUUUGUGGUGAGACAUUCUCAAAAAAAUCCACAUUACAACGGCAUCUGAAGUCCUACAGAUGGGUUCGGAGAAAUUCUAAGAAGAUGCUGGUUGAAGAGUUGUUGAGCCACUCAGGGAUUUCCCUGGAUGAUGUGGUUGUCGAGUCCUGGGCAGACUAUCCUUGGCUUUGUCGGUACUGCGGGACCAAGGUAACAGACCAGGUCCAACUUCGCCACCACUCGAAAGAAGUCCACGGCAAGUGUGGCGGCGUGUCGUGCGUGGACUGCGGUUACUCCACUGGUGGGUAUGAGGAGUUCGUGGAGCAUGUGGUCGAGCAUCGACCGGGCUUGACGUCCUACUGCCCGCACUGCAAUCACAAAUAUGACAACGAUAAAAUAUCACACUUAGCAACACACCAGCUUCACUGCACGAUCUGCGGUGAAACCUUCACAGACCAAGCCUCUUUAGACAAACACAACUCCAUUUACAACUCUGCAAAAUCUAAAAAGAAACGAAAACGGCGCGCUCUGACCCAAAAGGAUUUAACUUGUUCCGUUUGUCAGAAAAUAGCUAAAAGCUCAAAUAAUCUUCGGGAUCAUUUGAAGUUACAUACGGAGAGAACUCGAGACUUCUUCUGCGAUCGAUGCGGCAUGUCCUUCUAUACGAAGGGGGCUUUAAAAGCCCACAUUUUAAUUCAUGAUAACCCCGACCCACAAGUCUGUAAGAUUUGUCAAAAGAGUUUUAUUAACUUAUCGAGGUUGAGGAAGCAUGUUUUGACGCAUAGUAAGGAAAGGCCUUUUGAAUGUGGCAGUUGUUAUAGAAGAUUUAGAUCGAAAACUCUCUUGAAAAGUCAUAUGGCGACGCAUUUGGAUGUGAUGCCUUUUAAAUGCCAAUAUUGCAGCAAAACUUUCAGGUUUAAAAACGUUUUGCGAGUCCAUGAAAGGCAACACACCGGUUCUAAGCCGUAUUCGUGCGAAAUAUGCAAAAUGGAGUUCUUUAAUUGGUCGAAUUGCGAUAAGCAUUUGAGAAGAAAGCACGGGAUGACUUUAGCCAAGUCGAAGAUGACCCCAGAGGGUAAGGUUCCGUUGAAUCCGAAGAGUUUUAAACCAAGAAGUUUGGAGCUUCAGGAUGUGAAAGAAUGGACAGAGCAAGUGUUAGUGCCUCGAAAGAGAGGUAAAAAAGUGACCAGUGCGGAUUGUAUGAGAAACGAAGACACUUGAUAUUUGAAGACGUGAAGUGCCUCCAACUUGA